GCAGCCGGGUGGCGAGUAUAAAGGCCCCACCGGGCGCUGGAGCACCCAUCCCUGCUGCCUGCCUCCUGCCCUGUGAGACGAGCGUCCCCAUCAAGGACCGAGGCCCAGACCAUGUCCCGCCUGGUGGAAUGUGUCCCCAACUUCUCAGAGGGAAACAACCAAGAGGUGAUCGAAGCCAUCUCCCAGGCCGUGGUGCGGACCCCGGGCUGUGUGCUGCUGGACGUGGACGCCGGCCCCUCCACCAACCGCACCGUCUACACCUUCGUGGGGCGGCCAGAGGACGUGGUAGAUGGGGCCCUCAACGCCGCCCGCGCCGCCUUCCGGCUCAUAGACAUGCGCAGGCACAAAGGGGAGCACCCUCGCAUGGGCGCCCUGGACGUGUGCCCCUUCAUCCCGGUGAGGGGUGUCAGCAUGGACGAGUGCGUGCUCUGUGCCCAGGCCUUUGGCCAGCGGCUGGCAGAGGAGCUGGGUGUGCCCGUGUACCUCUAUGGUGAGGCAGCGCAGAUGGCCAGCCGCCGGACCCUGCCGGCCAUCCGAGCCGGGGAGUACGAGGCCCUGCCUGAGAAGCUCAAGCAGGCAGAGUGGGCGCCCGACUUUGGCCCCAGCUCCUUCGUCCCCAGCUGGGGGGCCACAGCCACGGGGGCCCGGAAGUUCCUCAUCGCUUUUAACAUCAACCUGCUCAGCACCAAGGAGCAGGCGCACCGCAUAGCCCUCAACCUGCGGGAGCAGGGCCGCGGGGCCGACCAGCCAGGACGUCUGAAGAAGGUUCAGGGCAUUGGCUGGUACCUGGAUGAGAAGAACCUGGCUCAGGUGUCCACUAACCUGCUGGACUUUGAGGUCACGGCCCUGCACACGGUCUACGAGGAGACUUGCCGAGAAGCCAAGGAGCUGAACCUCCCGGUGGUGGGCUCUCAGCUGGUAGGCCUGGUGCCCCUGCAAGCCAUCCUGGACGCUGCAAACUUCUACUGCGAGAAGGAGAACCUCUUUGUCCUGGAGGAGGAGCAGCGGAUCCGGCUGGUGGUGAACCGGCUGGGUCUAGACUCCCUGUCCCCCUUCAACCCUAAGGAACGAAUCAUUGAGUACCUAGUUCCCAAUGGCGGGCCUGAGCAGAGCUUGGUGGACAAGCCCCUGUGUGCCUUUGUCCGCGAGGUGGGUGCCCGCUCAGCGGCCCCAGGGGGUGGCUCGGUGGCAGCAGCCAGUGCGGCCAUGGGCGCCUCGCUGGCCUGCAUGGCUGGCCUGAUGACCUAUGGGAAGCGACAGUUUGAGCACCUGGACGCAACCAUGCGACGCCUGAUCCCACCCUUCCACGCGGCCGCAGCCCAGCUGACAGUGCUGGUGGACAGAGACGCCCGGGCCUUUGAGGCCUGCCUGGAAGCGAUGAAGCUGCCCAGGAGCACACCUGAGGAAAGGGACAGGCGCUCGGCUGCCAUGCAGGAGGGGCUGAGGCAGGCAGUGGCGGUGCCCCUGGCGCUGGCGGAGACGGUCGCUUCCCUGUGGCCAGCAUUGCAGAAGCUGGCCCUGUGUGUGAACCUGGCCUGCAGGUCGGACCUGCAGGUGGCAGCCAAAGCCCUGGAGACGGGCAUGUUUGGUGCAUAUUUCAACGUGCUCAUCAACCUGCGAGACAUCAGUGACGAGAAGUUCAAGGACCAGCCUCCUGCAGGAAGCCAAGACCCAGGUGGCACUGGUGCUGGACCGCCUGGAGGAACGGCAGGAGUGACGGCGGGCGGGACCUCGUGGGUUCUGCCCCCAGAGGGCCCGGCUCGCCCUGCAGGACAGGGUGGCCUCCGGCAUGGUCUUCUUGAGGUCCAGACAGUGGGCAUGGGGGUGGGUGGGGCCUGUCUGGGGUUGGCAAUGUCACUCUGUCACCUGCGGCCUUCAGUAAAGUCACAACACACCAGUGCCUGUGGAGUGUGUUUGGGGUUUGGGGGAAAGGGCUGAGCUGAUUGGGCAGGG